GACAGUCAGUCAGUAAGAUUUAUUUGCCUGGAGCACAGGCAUCAUUUCUCCGGAAAACAAAAAAAAAAAAAAAAAAAAAUCCAGAAAAACAAAAAAUUAAAUUAAUUUUCCAGAAAUUCUGCAAAUACGAAUAGCUGCAUAUUCGAGCGCGUCCACGAUGAACUCGCUGCGUUGCGCCGGCUGCCGUUUGCCGGGAGCUGCCGUUGCUGUCAUUGCCGGGGCGGCCAAAUCGGUUGGCGGCGCCCAUCGUGCCCGCAGUGCGGAUCUGCGGCUGAUGCGCCGUUUCACCCAUCACGAUGGCACCCGAGUGAUGAGCGGUAAGCGCGAAGUUGUGGGCUAUGGCGUCAAUGGCAGCCCCAACUACAUUGACUGCUCGGACUUUCCAUUUCCGGCCAUACGCUAUCGCGAGGUCACGCCGGAGAUCUGCGCGAUGCGCGAAAAGGAGCAGGGCGACUGGAAGAAGCUAUCGCUGGACGAAAAGAAGUCCCUGUAUCGUCAUAGCUUUUGCCAGACCUAUGCGGAGUUCCAGUACUUUAUGCCCGAAUGGAAGCUGGCCAUUGGCAUCACCCUUUGGGCCAUAUCCUUUGCCAUGCUCAUCUCGCUGGUCUCCAAUGUGGCCAUCUAUGAUGAUUUGCCAAUCACCUACGAUGAUGAGCAUCGGCAGGCGCAGCUGCGUCGCAUCAUACAGCUGCAAAUGAAUCCCAUAACAGGACUCUCCUCCAAAUGGGAUUACAGCCAGAACAAGUGGAAGUGAUUGUAAGACAAAAAUCAAGACAAAAAAAAAAAAACAAGACAAAAACACACACACAGACACACGCACACACACCUUGAAUGAAAUGCUGCACAAUAGUAACAUUACCACAAGCUCAUAUUUUCGUACACACUCACACAGAUAAGCACCCAUACACACAUACUCAGACAUGCCCCCAUUAACACACUCAUACACACACACACCCACACAGGCGAAGAGAGAAAAAAAUACUCGCACACAUACACAGAGACAUGUUGAGCUUCGAACAUAUGUUAAAUAACUGUUAAUUUUAGUUGAAUGCAUAUUAAAUUUCAUGACGAACAUUCCAAAAA